AUGGGGAAAGGUUUCUACAUCAACAAGGCUGUGGCAGCGGUUGGGCUUGUUCUUGGGGCCGGGGCGGUGGCCACCAUCAUCGCCCUUUCUGUCGUCUAUUCUCAGGAAAAAUCUAAGCUCGCUGAGAUCUCUCCGACAGCACCGACCACCACCUCACCACUGACCACCACCUCACCACCGACCUCGGUGACCACACCUCUGGCCACCACUCCAUCACCCUCCAAAGAACCAUGGGACCAGUACCGCCUCCCCAAGACCCUGGUACCAGAGCACUACAAUGUCACCCUGUGGCCUCGACUCACCACAGACUCAGCGGGGCUGUACAUAUUCACAGGGAAGUCACUGGUGGUGUUCACCUGUGUGGAGGAGACUGACCUGAUCCUCAUCCACUCCAACAAGCUGAACUACACGCUGGUGGACGGCCAGCCGGCCAAACUCAGCGCUGUGGGAGGAUCAGCGGCCCCCACCAUCAAGAGUUCCCGUCUGCAGACCACCACCCAGUACCUGGUGCUGCAGCUCAGUGGCAAGCUGACCAAGGGAACGUCCUACCAGCUGGACACAGAGUUCCAAGGGGAGCUUGCUGAUGAUCUGGGAGGCUUCUACAGGAGCGAGUACGAUGAGGACGGAGUAAAGAAGAUCGUGGCUACCACUCAGAUGCAGCCCACGGACGCCAGGAAGGCCUUCCCCUGCUUCGACGAGCCGGCCAUGAAGGCAGUCUUCCACAUCACUCUCAUCCACCCACCGGGCACUAUCGCUCUUUCCAAUGGCAUGGAGAGCGGACCUGUUUCUCAUGUUAUCGAAGAACAGAAUGUCCUUAUCUCUACUUUCGAUGCCACAAAGAAAAUGUCAACCUAUCUGCUGGCCUUUAUCGUCUGUGACUUCGGUUUUAUUAGGGAAAAUUCGACUGAUAAUCUUCUGAUCCGCAUCUUUGCUCGUAAGAAAGCCAUUGAGGCAGGACAAGGAGAGUAUGCGCUCAACGUGACAGGACCCAUCCUCAAGUUCUUUGAGAAUUAUUACAAUGCCACCUACCCUCUGCCCAAAUCAGAUCAAAUCGCACUGCCCGAUUUUAACGCUGGAGCCAUGGAGAACUGGGGCCUCAUCACUUACAGAGAGACGGCCCUUCUGUACGACCCCAAAUUCUCCUCCAACUCAAACAAAGAGAGGAUCGCCUCCAUCAUCUCUCAUGAACUGGCCCACAUGUGGUUUGGGAACCUGGUGACUCUAAAGUGGUGGAACGACCUGUGGCUUAACGAAGGCUUUGCCUCCUAUGUGGAGUACCUGGGGGCAGAUCACGCUGAGCCCGACUGGAACGUGAAAGACCUGAUAGUCCUGGCUGACGUCCACAGGGUGUUUGCUGUGGACGCCCUGGCCUCCUCCCACCCCCUGUCCUCCAGGGAAGAAGACAUUCAGAAGCCUGCUCAGAUCAGUGAACUCUUCGAUGCCAUCUCCUACAGCAAGGGUGCAUCAGUGUUGAGGAUGCUGUCCGACUUCCUAACUGAGGGCGUUUUCAGACAAGGGCUCAGUACGUACCUGAACGCGUUUGCCUUCAAUAAUACCGUCUACACCGACCUCUGGGAUCAUCUCCAAAUGGCAGUGGAGGCUAAUGGGACACCUCUUCCCAAUACAACCCAUAAUAUCAUGAACCGUUGGGUGCUCCAGAUGGGUUUCCCUGUGGUUACCAUAAAUACCACAUCAGGACAUAUCUCCCAGCAGCACUUCCUUCUGGACCCUGACUCCGUGGUGACUGCCCCAUCACCCUACAAUUAUGAAUGGAUCGUACCAAUCAAGUGGAAAAAAAACAACGGAGACCAGACACCUAUCUGGUUGCUGCAGAAAAAAGAGAUGGUGCCAGCCAUGCAAGCCAGUGGGAAUGACUGGGUGCUGGCAAACAUCAACACGGUUGGAUACUACAGGGUUAACUAUGACGAUCGCAACUGGGAAAGCCUCCUCAGCGCUCUGAGCACAAAUUCGAAAGCGAUUCCAGUGAUCAACAGAGCUCAACUGAUAGAUGAUGCUUUCAACCUGGCUCGGGCUAAGAUCAUCCCCACGGUUCUGGCCCUGAGGACCACCAAGUUCCUCUCCACGGAGACAGAGUACAUGCCCUGGGAGUCGGCCCUGGACAACAUGGACUUCUUCUACCUGAUGUUCGACCGCAGUGAGGUGUACGGAGACAUGCAGGCUUACCUGAACAAGCAGGUACGACCUCUGUUUCAACACUUCAAGACAAUCACCGGGAACUGGACUUAUGUUCCGAAAGGACAUAUGGACCAGUACAACCAGGUGAAUGCCAUCCGGACCGCCUGCAGCACUGGGGAGCAGGAGUGUGUGACUCUCACUUCAGGCUGGUACCAGCAGUGGAUGAACAACCCUGAAAACAACCCGAUCCACCCCAACCUGCGCUCCACGGUGUACUGCAGCUCCAUCGCAGCAGGGGGCGCUGCUGAGUGGGAGUUUGGCUGGAAGAUGUUCGAUAACGCCAGCAUCGCAAUCGAGGCUGACAAGCUUCGUGCCGCCCUGGCCUGUACCCAGAAACCCUGGCUCCUCAACAGGUACCUGGAGUACACACUGGACGCCACCAAGAUCCGCAAGCAGGACGCCACCUCCACCAUUGUCUACAUUGCUGGCAACGUGGUGGGCCAGUCGCUGGCCUGGGACUUCGUCAGAGCCAGAUGGGAGUACAUCUUUAAUCAGUAUGGCGGUGGAUCCUUCUCCUUCUCCAACCUCAUCAACGGAGUGACCAAGAGGUUCUCAACCCACUUUGAGCUCCAACAGCUCAUGCAGUUCAAGGCUGAUAACUCUGAGGUGGGCUUCGGCUCUGGCACGCUGGCGGUGGAACAGGCCAUCGAGCGGACCAACGCCAACAUCAAGUGGCUCACUGAGAACAAGAAGGCCGUCCAGGAUUGGUUCAAAGCAGAGGCGGCCGCACCAUGAAGGGACUCCAUUGGUCAUGUGGUGGACAUUUUUUGAGAGAAUCAAUUGGAUGUUUUCUCUUGCUGAUAUUUAUUGAACGGCGUAACCAUGACCCCAACAUCCGUCUUUGAUACACAAAACAUCCGACAAUAACACAAAAACACCUGGCUGUGAUGGGAUCAGAAGUAGCGCAUGCCCAAACAGCUUCUUACAAGUUCUGAUUUCCAUACAGCUCUAUCUAGCGUUCUAGAGUGGAACAGGAGAAUCCAGCAGACACCAGCACUACCCAGCUGAUGCCCCUGAACUCCAAAGAACAUCCUUCAACACACCGUUUUAUAGUACACAGUUCUCAAAAGUCGUUGGUCCAUCCACCAUCUGAAACAAUCACAGUUGAAACAACAGUUCUUCAGAAGAAAUGUCUCAAAGCUUUUUCCCUCCAGGUAAUAAAACACCCAAGCUGGAGGUCUCAAGUCAUGAGGUCACAUCAACUCCAGGAGAUCCCUUAGACUUCUUAGAAGUCCUUUCUAGUCUCAACCAGAAUAUAAGCAAAACAGUCGACCAUUUGUCCUCCUGGAAACAACUGGUUCAACGUUCUCGAUUGAUCAUUACAACUUUAUGACCCUUUGAACUAAAUCAUCCCCCUCUCUUGUAUACAGUAACAGCUGCUCAAACCUGUUUCUUAACCUUGGACCUAGAAGCUUUACAAAUCAAAUCUUAAACCACAUGAAUUUUAUACACAACCUAAAGUUCCACAUCAGUCAUCUAUUUGAAAUGUUAAUCUUGUUGUGUAUUUAUAGUUUGGAGAGUUUUCCCAAUGCUCGUGUUUCUGGCGGUUUGUGUUUUUGUUUGUUUGUCACCAAUAUUAAAGGAGAUUUUUUUAUUUACCAUCAUGCUCUAAAUUGAUCAUAAGUUAUCAGUGUACAUUUUUGAGUUGAAAAAAUUGUGUGUUCAUUUCGUUUUUCUGCUUUUAUUUUCUCCUGCAAAUAACUGAUGUUGCUUUCAUUGUUUGCUUC